AUGAGCGCGCGCCUGGUGAUCUUUCUGAUCUUUCUUGCCGCUGGAAAUGAGCCGUGCGCGCACCGUGGUUGGUCGGAGAGAGGAGUUGCGGCUGAGUUGAGGGCGGGAGAGGAGGGACGCGUGGUCUCCCGGAUUGCGUUUGGGUCCUGCGCGAAUCAGAACGCUUCGCAGGUAGGGGAUUGCUUCCGAGUUUUAGAUAGAGUCGAUAGAGCUCGCGGCAGUGGUGGUAAUCGGACGAUAAUUUGUGUUCACAGAGGUGGAUUGAAAAUUAGUUGCAUAUUUUGUUCCUGGUUCUCGGAGGACAUGUUAAAGGUGAUUUUUCUUUUAAACUGAAAAACUGUCAGACGAAGCAUUCAAGCCUGAUUUUCUCUGAAAAUAUUUGCCGGAGCUUCUUUUUUUUACAUUGAUGCCGAGUAUGGGAUGAUUUUCUUUCUGUGGGAGAUCAGAUUAAAUAUGUUUUUCGAUUACUAGGUUAACAAACGCACUCGAUCGAUCUCAAGAAUUGCUGAAAUACGAUUUUCAGAUUCCUCUUUGUCUUUAUGUUGUCGCGAACUGAUUGCGAUUUCGUAACUGGAGUAAACACACUCUUGGCAUCGAAUGAGAGAAGUAUUUCUCGUGCAGCCCAUUUGGAGCGCAAUAAACGAGUUCGAUCCCCAGCUGUUCAUUUGGUUGGGCGACAAUAUCUAUGGGGAUAAUAAGAGACCACCAAGGGUUUUCGGAAAGGAGAGGACGAUCGGGCCAUGGAAGAAUGUGCCGGUGUUCUUCCCAGCAUCGGAGCAGGAGCUGAGGGAAAGAUACAGGCUACAAAAGAGUAAACCAGGUUACUCUAAUUUAAGGAGAAGAGCUCAGGUUGACUCCAGUUUGUGUACUUUUUUAUAAUGGUGGCCAAAAUAGUUCGUCUUUUCGAUUUCUUUCUUGACAGUAUAUCUGGUAUUUUGGGCUGCUCUUGAACAUGAGAUUCUUUCUUUUUUCUGGAAAUAUGUCUCGCUAAUCUGUUUUGAAGUCCUGACAUCUACGGUCUCCAUCUCUCUGCCAACUUCUCUGGAUUAAUUCUAGGCAUUCCAGGUGCGAGGUUGACGGUCGAAUGACUGCCUGCUAGGGGGAAAAAAUUGCGUCAAAGCGCUCAGAGUUCUACUUAGUCAACCAUAGAUUGCUUCGUCAUUCAUUGAUUACACUAGUUGAGGCAAAAAUGUGGUGAUACGCUCUGCCAUGAUUUGUAGAUUAGGUCUUGGCUGCCAACCUUUUUUUCCCACAAAGAGUUAUGCUUAACAUCUUGUUUUUCAUGUCUCUACUCUUUAGUUCAAUUUUUAUCAAUUUUUGGAUUUACGUGUUUGGGAAAGAGGCAGUUUAAACUAGAAGUUCAUUACAUUUUUUGUCCUCAAGUUGUGUCAUGAAGAUGCACAUGGAUCCUCAUUUGGUUCUUCUGCUUUCUUCUAAGAAGUUGGUGUGCAUUCAUGCCCAUCUGCGUCAUGUAUAUAGCUUUGAAAGGUUUGCUAAACUGCUUGCUUGAAGUGAGACGACUAAACCAACUGCACACAUAUCUUUUUUCCCCACUCGCUUGAGAAGAUUACCACUAGAGUUUUGGAUAAGACACUAAUUCUUUAUCACACGAUAUAGAGAAGAGUUGUAGCCUUCCUCUGUGGAAUGAUGUCAGGUAAUGUUUUGAGUCAUUCAUCAUACGGUUAUUCUUGACCUUAUGGAAUUUUUAAAUUUAUUUCUCAAUGUCUAACUACGGAAACCCAUAUUUUUUGGGGGAUAAUAAAUUAGUAGAGUAGGUUCAGCUUCAUUAUCACUGUCAUAAUUUUUUAUUAAGUAAUUUGGAUACAAUUCCUUACAGGCCCUUCCACAUCCAAUGCAUUUUUUGGACUUUGUUGUGGAAAUAAUGUAAAUGGACUGCAUCCAGCCUAGACCAUUCGUUCUGAUAUCAUGUCAAAGUUGUUGGAUCAUCCAACUCAAAAAAAAAAUCAAGGAAUUAAGUGGGACAUUUGUAUAAUCAUAAGGUUCCCUCGUGCGACAAUUCAUCACAAUUUUUAUUUAGUUCAUUGUCUUUUGCUUUAAUUAAACCUCUCAGAAUUCUAUGCAAGGUCAAGAUUGGUUUUCCCCACUUUUUUUAAAAAAGAGCUGUGUGAUAAUUGGUAUUUUACAUGUCUUUAUUUAUAACAUUUUCUUUGUUUCAAUGCAGGUCAUUGGAACAUGGGAUGACCAUGAUUAUGGACUAAAUGACGCAGGAAAGGAAUUCAGUGGGAAAAACAUCACUCAGAAACUUCUGCUCGAUUUCUUAGAUGAGGCACCGGACAGUCCUCGGUGAGAAACUAUAAGCCAGCCAAUUCAAUCAUUCAUCUUCUUCAGUUGUUUCAUGCAUCUUUUUAGAUGGAACCCAUUAUGUAAUCAAGCCUGUCAUGUAAUUUUUUACGAUUACACUGGAUGCAAUUCCGUGAUCAUGACCAGACGGUUUUCAAUGAGGAUCGGGACCUUUUGAAAAAAAAAUUGUAAAUAGUAAUAGAGUUAACCUUGUUGUGGAGAUCUUAGGGUAUAUACUUAUAGGAGGGCAAAAUAACUGAUCGUUUUGGCAACACGGUUUAUGGGUUAUAUCUUAUGAUUGGGCAAAUCUUUCACUUUCUUUACAUAUCAUGGUCAGUGUUCCCUUAACACUCCUUCGAUUUUACAGCUUUCUUCCAGUGUAAUUUCGGUGCAAUUUCUUUGGUUUAGGUUCAGACAGGCUGGCGUUUAUGCGUCUUAUCUGUUUGGCCCCAAGGGGAAGCAGAUAAAGGUCAGUCCUGGAAAUUAUGAAAAUAAUUUUCUCUGCUUAUUUUUUUUUUCCAGAGUUUAAUACAUCUACAUGUGAGAGUAUUCUUAUUCUUGUUUAGCUGCAUUUGACAUCAAAUUAUGCGGAAUUUGAGAAAAUAUAGAAUUUAUAUGUGUGGAUGUUUCAAUCUGUCAAGAGAAAGUCUUAUGUUUGAGUUUUUUCAACGAAAACCCUUUCUUGACCAUCGUAGGUUAUUCUUCUGGACACCAGAUAUCACAGGGAUCCAAUACGUAGUGAUGGGAGUAUAUUGGGAGAAACACAGUGGGCUUGGCUUGAUAAGGAACUACGUGCCCCAGCAACUCAGAUAACUAUCAUAGGAUCUUCAAUUCAGGUACACGUGUUAUGUCGCUUCCUUUGCCAUCUCCCUGUUCUCUUGAAGGAUGGUUUCUUGUUGUACUUGAUUAACCAUGCUUUUCAAGAUAGAUGAUGGAACCUUGGUAAAUGAGGAGAUUAUGUCUCACAACUUAAAUAUAUCAUUGGAUUUUAUUGUGGAUAUCAUACCAAUUAUAUUGAAUCACUUAAUAAAGUAUGUGAACGGUAUGACCAUUUUGCACGGAGCGAAAUUACAAAAACUACAUUGUGGAGAGGGAGCUCCAUGGCAAGUAAUAUGUGGUUGGUGACACUGAAUCUGCCAUGUAAGAUUGGACUAUAAGGAGGAAUAAACUUUCCCAGAGGCUCUAGAAAUGAGCACCCAACAAGGAAAGCUUAGUUUUCUGAGCAAAUUAUUGAUCUUUGUGAGCAUUAUGAUGCACGGUUUGCCAAAUCAGCCAUUGGUAUGAUUUGGUGGGCUCCUUAAAACCAGAUAAAAUUCAGUUGAGAAUCAGAUCAGCUGAUUCUCAAUGGAGAGUUUGCAAGCCAGUAGAGGGAGCAAGAGAUAGAAGGAAUAUCCAAUAACAACGUAUGGGAAGAAGCAAUUAAUUAAGGGCAAAAAAGUCGCCUCACUAUUGUUGUCCACCUUUGGCCUUAACGUCCAUUUCAUUUGGCUGCCGGUCCUGCAGCCACCACAGGCUGAGGAAACAUUGCCCUCUCUCCCACCUGCAAAUGAGGUUGGUAAGUGUGGUGAGAAGGAACUCAUUCAUGGUUUGUCUAUGCUUGUUUCUAGCAUGGUUGUAUGAAUUGGCCAAUUUUGAUCUGGAUUACCUGAUUUGGGUUGGAAUGUGCAUACCUUUUGAUGCAAAAGUGGAAAUGCCCAUGAAUUUGUUUUUAUGACAACCUAGGUAAAUAUUGAACACCCAUUUCUUAUCAUACAGGAACAAAACCUAAUUGAUUAACUAAAAGGAUGCGUAUGAGGUCACUAUGACUGGUGCAUAAGUCAUUUGUUUUUUUUUCUUAGUUUCGUUCACAGUUGAUCUUCUAGUGGCGCGCCCUUCUUAGAUGAAAAUUGUCGAAUUCUGAAAGCAUCGGAUUUAGUGAAGAACCGAGGGACCUACGAAUUGAUUUGCAUAUUCGAGUCCUAGAAUUGAUGUGAUUCUAGUGCUCCUAUUCGAGUUUCGAAUUCAAGGAAGAAUCACGCAGGAGAUGGAGAACAGCAACCAACUCGAGAGAGUCAUCGGUUUCAAAAGGAGGAACCCUUGUUGGUUUUGUAUGGAAGGAAAAGGAAAAGGGACUGUACCGCUCUCAUAAGAUCACUUAAUCACAAAUACCCAACACCAAGAACAGCCUUUCCAUAAUUUUCCCCUAAAUUCUGCGAACGACCUUUUUCAUCCUUUGUGUAUCAUUCAUGUCAUGUGCAUCGUUCGAGAAUUAAAGGUGGUGUUGUAUCUUAUGCACGUUCUCAAGCUCUGACCUUGUGCUUUCUUUUUUUUUGUGAUUUCAAUGCAGGUCAUUUCGAAUCUUUCUGCAACUACAGCUCCAUUAUUCCAUAUGGAAUGCUGGGGGCGCUUCCCAAAGGAGAGGAGAAGAUUGUUCGAAUUGAUAGAGAAAAGUAAUGUGAGUUAAUAUAACUCUCCGAAACCCACAGUUUAAUUAUACACGAUAAAUAAUCAAAUUAGCAUAUUUAUUUAUUUUUAAAUAUUUUUCAUCUGAAUGGAUCAUGGAAAACACGCAGAGAAGCGUAGUGUUUAUAAGCGGCGACGUUCACUACGCUGAGAUUACCAGAUAUGACUGUGCCACUGGGUACCCACUGUAUGAUGUGACUUCCAGUGGAAUUACUCAAGGUGUGGAGAAAGUCGUGCCGUCUCUGGCUUUUCUCGUGAGACUCGCAGCGUUGGUGACACCUGCUACCGUGAGAGUUUAUAACUCCAAAUGUCGAUACAAAUCAUGCACAUAUGGUAAAUUUCCAUAAAUGUAUAUUUAUUUAUAUAUAUAUAUCCUGUCUUAACUUACCUUAGUUUCUCUUUGACACCUGCUACCAUGAGAGUUUAUAACUGUCGAUACAAAUCAUGUACAUAUGGAAAAAAUUUAUAAAUGUAUAUUUAUUUAUAUAUAUAUAUAUAGAUUUAUAUAUUGUGUAUAUAUAUAUAUAUAUUGUUCUUCCUCGUGAUCAUCCUUUCUGAACUUGCUUUAGCUUCUCUUUGACACCUGCUACCAUGAGAGUUUAUUACUCCAAAUGUCAAUACAAAUCAUACACAUAGGGUAAAUUUUUAUACUUUUUAAUAGAUUGAUUUAUAUAGAUAUCGUUCUUCGUCAUGAUCAUCAUGUCUGAACUUGCUUUAAUUUCUCUUUCUCUCCCUCAAGUAUUUCUUUUUCUUUUUCUUUUAUUACAUUUCUUCAAGAUGAACAAUAAUUAUCCCUGUUCAGGAAUGCCAAAUUUUGGGGCAAUCGAAGUAGACUGGGAUGCCACUCCACAGACGCUGAGGCUGGAAGCAAGGGAUUCAAACGGAGAUCCUGUUCUCGGUGUGAGCAUCCCGCUCUCUGAUUUGCAGGUCAGUGCGAACUCGAUCCGCCACAGGGACUGCAUUCUCGAGGUUCAUCUUCCAUGGAUUCUCAGGCGUAGACUCUCCAUCCUUGUCUUCGUAUCCAUUGCAGGUACAUCUCACCUUACCUAAUGAAGUCACUCAUAAGUGUAUUUUUGUGGAUCAGUUGCAUGCUUCUUGGCUUUAAAUUACUGUAAAUAUUUAGAAUUUUCGUGGGUUUCCUCUUUAUAAAAUAAUAUAAUAUUGCGUCCAUUUUCAUAUUCAAUUUUUCUAAUAUAGCAUGUCUCUAAAGUACUCAUUUUAGGGUUGAAUAUUUUUUAAAAAAAAUACUUAAUAUGUAUAUAUUCAUUUAUAUUUUGAAUGAGUAGAGAAGAAAUAAUCGAUCCAUCAUCAAUUAUCUACUCGAUUUAUUUUGUUGGCCUCUAAUCCCAGAAAAUGCCUAAGAUGGGAGAUAAUCUGAGGCUUUGAGACUGCUCAGAUUCUUAAACUGGGGUUUAAUUCUUUCAGAACAAGAUUACCGUUUUUCCAAAAAACAAAAGAAAAUUAUAUUUUUCUUUUUCUUUUUAAUCCUUCCAUCUACCCCGCCUUUUUGUGCAGUUUUUCUCAUGCUGCUAAUCGUGCUCGUCUGCAUAAUAAUCUCACUUGCCAACCGGCUUCUUCGGAAAUGCAAGAUCGACUGA